AUGGAGGGAAAAAGCAAUGACCUCAACCCGGUAAAGUCAACCCCGUCGAUCGCGGAGAGCUUUUCGCCUCUCCGGGAGGCCCUGUUCAUCACGUUGGUCUGCAUGGCACAGUUCAUGACGCAGACCAAUGUCGGUGUCUGUCUCCCCAGUCUCGAUAUCAUGGGCCAGAGCUUUGGAAUCGAUGAUCCCGGCAUUCUCAGUUGGUUCCUGGCCGGCUACUCCUUGACCGUUGGCACGUUUAUCAUCGUCUUCGGACGAUGUGGCGAUCUCUUCGGAUACCGACGAAUGUUUCUCACUGGGUUUGUCUGGCUCGGAGUCUGGUCGCUGGUCGCAGGCGUGAGCGUCUACUCGAAUCAUGUUUUGUUCAUCAUUGCGCGUGUGUUGCAGGGCAUCGGCAGUGCGAUGCUAUUGCCCAACGGGCUAGCCAUUCUGGGUGCCACUUAUCAACCCGGCAAGAAAAAGGCCAUGAUCUUCGCUCUGUUUGGUGCUGUCGCCCCUAACAGUGCUCUUCUGGGGGCUGUCUUUGGCGCCAUCUUCUCCGAGCUUGCAUGGUGGCCGUGGACUUUCUGGACUCAAACUAUUGUGUCAAUUGUGUGUGCCAUUCUCGGGUUCAUCGUUGUUCCGUCCAUCCAUCAUGAUAACCCGAACCAAAUCAAUACUUUUGUCGAUCUUCUUAAGGCACUUGAUGCCGUUGGCGCUCUCUGUGGUAUUGGCGGACUAGUCCUCAUCAACAUUGCCUGGAACCAGGCUCCUGUCGCUGGCUGGAGCACACCUUACGUCUAUGUGAUUCUAAUCAUUGGAAUCCUGCUGAUCGCAGCGUUCUUCGUCGUCGAGUUUCGAUUCGCAGAGCAUCCCCUUAUUCCAUUCCAGGCCUUUAGUCGGGAUGUUUCAUUUGUUUUGGGGUGCGUCGCCUGCGGUUGGGGUUCGUUUGGUACUUGGAUCUGGUACUUCUGGCGCUUCGAGAUGGAAUUCCGUAACACGAGUCCGCUUCUCGCCUCUGCGGAGUUUGUUCCCGUCUCACCCAUGGGAAUUCUUGCCUGCUUUGUGACGGGCUUCCUGAUUGCCCGAAUGCGUCCGGGCUGGAUCAUGAUCAUGUCGAUGACGGCAUUCACUUUGGGAAAUAUUCUCACAGCCAUCGCGCCCGUGGACCAGACUUACUGGGCUUUGACUUUUGUCUGUCUUCUGGUUAUUCCCUGGGGCAUGGACAUGUCGUUCCCUGCUGCCACACUGAUGUUGUCCAACUCGGUGGAGAGGAAGCACCAAGGCAUCGCUGCGUCGCUGGUGACGACCAUCGUCAACUACAGUAUCUCGCUCAGUCUGGGGUUUGCAGGAACUGUGGAAACGCACGUCAACAACGGAGGAACCACACCAAGUGAUACGUUGAAAGGUUAUCGGGGAGCGCUGUACUUUUCGACCGGUCUGGGCGGGCUGGGUAUCUUCCUCAGUGUCAUUUUCACUGCAAAAUGUUAUUGGGAGGAACGGAUAUCAAAGCCGACGGAAGAAGAAAAGGGUUCGGAGGCUUCGUUUUCUUUUGAGUCAUGA